AUGUUUGCCGAGCGCCCAAUCUGGACUAUGUCAGAGGUCGAGCAAAAGAUCGAUGGCCUCGUAGCCAAGCUCGUCCAUGCGGCUGACAGUGAAGUCACAACAGACUCAGCAAAUGCAUCGCAGCCAAUCCCUAGAGAAAUCGCAGCGGAGCGUUGGCGGAAUCGGGGAAUAGUCAACACGGCGCCGGGUAGCUGGAUGCCGACACCAUCCUACGAACCGAACGCCGUGCCGCCUGACCAAAGUACCGACGAUGCAUCAGAGAGUGCUGAAGUCGAUCGACAGUAUCUUGAGGAGAUCCGCACCAUACACAGAUUUGACGACCGUGAAGAUGUUCCUAACUCUCGUGAGGGCAUCUUUAGGGCUUCGAAACGACCCGAAGCUCCUAUCGAGCACGAGGUUGUCCAGCAAUUGCUCACAUCCGGCGAAGCAGACACACUACUGAAAGAGUAUCGAAACAUGUCGGCCACGGUUGCAGCAGGUUUACAGAAGCCGAAUCUGCUCAAGCAUACUUCAACCAUGACCGAGUGGGCGCAAAGCUUGAAGCAAGAUCGCGAGUACGAAACCGAUGAGACCGUUAGCCUUUUGAUAUCUCUGCGACAGAUUGAUGACCAAGUACAAGAUGAGUUGUUCACGGCUGAUACUUCGCAAUUGCCAAUGUCUGAUGGGCGAGCGUUGAUGCAUGUUCGAUUCAUAGAUGUACAGCUCGAUACAUGGAAACGGGAGUGCAACGGUGUCCCCUCUCAACGGCUACUCGAGCUCUCCUUCUCAUACGCCAAGAUGCAACUGCACAGCGUAGCCCUUCGGCCGUCUCCUUCGGAGUUACCGGCAUCGGUACGUUCGUCACAGAUCAACAGCCUACUCUCCGCUCUUGAAGCCAGCAAGCGCUUUCUUGAUACUUUGCUUUCAUUUCCAGCCCACGAAUAUCACCUUAUAUCGUUCUCGGAAUGGAUGCGAUUACCACCAGUCAUCAUGACGGUCGCCAAGCUAUGCAUACCCAGUGAAGACCAUGCCGCCAUCGGGUGGGAUACACAAGCAGCUCAAGAAAGAACUCUAUCGACGUUCGAUAAAACAAAGCGACCCCACCCCGACUUCUGGCACGCUAUGCGGAUGAUUAAUGAACUGACAAAGAACUGGUACAUUCGCAAAAUCCGACCGGAGAGGCCUAGCCAGACGCCAUCAGAAGCUACGCCCAGCGACUCGGUUGAGCGGAGUAUGAGCGGAAGCUCAUGUCCCAUCACCAGUGCACCAACAACGUGUCCCACACGACACGCGGAAGAUCAAUAUAACACGCUAGCAGGCACCAACUAUAUGGAAGACUUCGGCAUAGACAUGAACCACGUCCCCGUGACCGAGGUUAGCAACGACCCCUUCGCGCUCAUGAGGGGUGCCGACUUCGACAUGAGCCAAUUCUUCGACAUGGCGGGAGGUAUCUGGGGGGAGGACAGCUAUAACAACUAUACUGGCAUGUCUUUUGGAAAUGGAGCACCGUUCUGA